UGGGUUAUAAUAAUUAUGAAUGUGUUUGAAUUGAUAAACUAGCGCUAGCCUAGGCGGGGUGAACUGUGUACUGUUUAUGCUUUUAGCAUGGAGCUGGAAGAAAUAUGCAGCGAAUCUGAUGAAGGUCGAAAUAAUAGCCAAGAUCCUCUCGAUAUUGAGAUAAAGGACUUGUUAGUGGAGACUGUUCCCCAGGAGACGAAGUAUAAAAACUGUCUGAAAUGGUUUGGAUGUUACCUUUUUAGUAAGUUGUUGGAGUUUACUGGUUUCAAGCUCACAUCUGUCCAAGAGGUGUACUGGAACGCUGUACAGCGCCGAAUGGUCAUGGGGCAAUUGGAGUACCUAGUGGAGAAGAAAAAGAUUAAAGAUCGCAUUCCGUCUAAAUUGGCUGUAGCUUUAAUGAGUGGCGAUGAAGCUAUUGAAACAUGUCUGAAUAGAUUAUGCGACAAGAAACAUAUACUGAUAUCGCAACAAAAAUCGAGAGACCCUUCUUCAGAGACUGAUGAACCUAGCACGUCGCAAAGACAUACACAUGUAUUUGGUGAGGAGGAGCCAGACACUGGGCGAUUGGAGGACGAGAAUUGUAUAACUAUUAAAGAAUUAUCCAGUAACAUGCCUCAUGCUGAAGAUGUGCAUGAGUUGCUAAAAGAUAAAGGAGGAUUUUGGGAUCAGGCCUGGCUAGCCUUGAAGUAUUUAUACAAUAAGAAAAAAGGAGCUGUUGCUGCUACUGAAUCAAAACUAUACGACGAGUCGUCUGACGAUGAAUUUAUAGACGGUGAUAUCAGUGACAUUGGAUCUGAAGACAUGUUUUUUGGUAAAGAUAUAUACUUAAAGAAGGAGACCCCAUGCGAAGGAACCGAUGGUGAAGAAGCUGCAGAGGAAGAAGAAGCUGCAGACUUUGGAUUGAGUGCAUUGAAGAGGAGGAUCCCUGUGUCAUCGUAUAAGUUGCACGAAUUGAAUGAUCUCCGUAAGUCCCGUUGGAACCAGUUCAACGAGUACAUCCCACUGAGAGUAUCAAACUUUCAAUAUCGAGGAGUUAACAAGGUCAGGAGGGCCAAACUAAAUGAGAUGUGGAAGAAAGCAGCUCGCUGGCCCUUGUUUACAUACUGGGUCACUGUUGUGCAAAUAAUCAUUGUUCUAUUGACAUUGUCUGUACACGGUUUCGCCCCAUUGAGAUAUGUUCCUUACACUGAAAGAGCUUUGAUCCAACUUUCUGAUUUAUCAGUUCACGUCGUCGAGAAGAACAUUACACCUAAUAUAUGGGCCGGACCUGAUAGGGCAUCACUAGUUCUCCUGGGAGCUAAUUACGGCCCUUGCAUGAGGAGAUAUGAUCCAAUACAGAAUGUGAUAAACUCCAUUAAUCAAAGAGAGUCUCUGUCAGGUUGCUGUGUUAGGAGGGACUCCUCCGGUUGUGUUCAAACUCUUUCAAACACUGACUGUCCUAGUGAGAUUGGGCUAGCUGAUUUCGUGAUCUUUGACAACAGUACAGAACUGGAUACCUCCCGCUAUAGUAAUAGAGCUGUCUGUGGAACAUCCCCAAGAACUUGUACAUCACCUAAUCCAAGUGUUGAUCCAAGAUGGAUGUCUGCCAAUGUAACUGGAUGGCCAAUAUGCACUGAUUCGGUGGCUUCUAACUCUGAGCACCUGUCCUGUCGAGUAACAGGACGGCCUUGCUGUGUGGGGAUACAGGCUCAGUGUAUAAUCACGUCGCAGGAGCACUGCGAUUUCCUUGAAGGAAAGUUUCAUAAAGAUGCUUUUCUUUGCUCACAAGUUAACUGUUUGAAGGGCAUUUGUGGCUUGACUCCUUUUGGUAAGACUCCAGACCAAAUCCAAAGGCUAGGCCUAGCUGUCUUUCUCCAUGCUGGGAUUUUUCACGUAUUAUUGACAAUCAUUUUCAAUUUCUACAUCCUUCGAGAUCUGGAGAAGUACCUUGGUUGGCUUGCUACUGCUACGCUCUACAUAGGAAGUGGAAUUGGAGGAAACAUCAUCAGUGCUUUGUUUGUUCCCUACUCUGCUGAGGUUGGCCCAGCUGCAUCAAUGUUUGGAGUGAUAGCGUUCUUCCUCAUUUUCAUCAUUUAUCAUUGGAGCUUCUUUGACAGGGCCUGGCUUGAAAUGCUUAAGUACUCCAUCAUUGUCAUACUCCUGUUUCUAAUCGGGUUUCUACCAUACAUUGAUAACUACGCUCGAAUUGGUGGCUUUCUGUUUGGAAUGAUGUUCAGCUUCAUUCAGAUUCAUUACAUCCCACAGCAUGACUGUAUGACUGAGUUUAACUCUUUGAGAUUUCCUAAUCAAAAGGCAAAGUCUUCAUUACUUGGAAAGAUAGCCCUGUUGAUAACUGGGCUGGUUCUCCUCCUAACUCUGUAUAUAUUUUCUUUUCUUUGGUUUUAUUUGGAAGGCGACGUGUGGAAUGGUUUCAGCUAUCUUAAUUGCAUCAUUCCUACCAGUUUAUCAAACCUCUGCCAAGACUACAGACAAGACAUCAGUGCCUGAUUAUGUUCUCCAUACAUUCCUCAUGCUACAAAAUAGUCAGAAAUUUUUUUUACAGUAAAAAGUAUCUUUUUGCUGCAAUGAUUUUUGAUUGAUGAUUUAAUAUCUAA